GUCUUUCUACACGCAUACACACCCUCGCUCGACCUCACCCGCACACAUAUCACUUCAGCGCAAUGGCACCGGUCACGAACGGACGUCUACUCUUCAAGGAGGUCCCCACCGGCUACCCGGUUCCGGGACAGACCACGGCCUACGAUGACUCGGAGAAGAUUGACCCCGAGACGGUGGCCCUCAAUGGCGGCUUCCUCGUCAAGACGCUCGUCCUCUCCAUCGACCCCUACCUGCGCGGCCGCAUGCGCCAUGCCGAGUCCAAGAGCUACUCGCCGCCUUUCCCGAUCAACGAGCCUCUCACCAACUUCGGUGUGGGUGUCGUAGUCCGCUCCGAGAACCCCGCUGUCAAGAAGGGCGACCAUCUCUACGGCUUCUUCAAGUUCCAGCACUACUCCGUCGAGACCAACGCUGCACAGUUCAAGGUGCUCGAGAACAAGGAGGGCCUCCCUUGGUCCGUCUACCUCGGUGUUGUUGGCAUGCCCGGUGAGACCGCGGUGUACGCCUGGAGCGAGUUCUCCAAGGCGAAGAAGGGCGAGACCGUCUUCGUUUCCGCAGCCUCAGGUCCCGUCGGAGCUACCGUCGUCCAGCUCGCGAAGGCGCAGGGCCUGAAGGUUAUUGCAUCCGCAGGGUCCGAGGAGAAGGUUGAGUUCGUCCGCUCGGUCGGCGCGGACGUCGCCUUCAACUACAAGACUGCGAGCACCCGCGAGAUCCUCGAGAAGGAGGGCCCGAUCGACAUCUACUGGGAUAACGUCGGCGGCGAGACCCUCGAGGCCGCGCUCGACCACGCCGCCAAGUACGGCCGCCUCAUCGAAUGCGGCAUGAUCUCGCAGUACAACAGCGCGCCGUACCACGUGAAGAACCUGAUCCAGAUCGUGUCCAAGGAGCUCUCGCUCCACGGCUUCAUCGUCGGGUCGCUGCGCGACAAGUACGGCGCGCAGUUCUACGCGGACUUUCCCGCGCGCGUCGCGCGCGGCGAGAUCAAGUACAAGGAGCAGCGCGUGCUGGGGCUCGAGAAGGCCGGCCACGCGCUCCUUGACGUGCUCCGCGGGGACAACUUCGGGAAGAGCGUGAUCGUGGUUGCGGACGAGUGAGCGGGUGAUGGGCGUUCGGGGUAGUGUCAGCGAAGUGAAAUGUGUGCAUGUACGACUAGUUCUAAAAAUCAAACCGCGCUGGGCUCGCCAUAGCUGCGAACCUCCGAAUCACUCUGUGAGCGGAAAAGCAGGAU